AAUUACAUUUGGUCAAACAUUCAUAAUAACAUUCCCAAUUCCCAUCUUUAUAUAUAUCUUCAUCCACAAGAAAACAUCUUUGAAUUUACAAUAGAAACUUCACUUGAGAGAUCAAUACUUACAUAUUUAUAUCCCAAAAAACACUUGAACAACCAAAAAACUUUACCAAAACAAAAUUGAUUAGGCCAAAAUUAUGGCUCAACCUGCACCCCCAUUAAUAGCCUACACAACAGUCACACCAGCAGUCCCUGAAUGGUUAAACAAAGGCGAUAACGCGUGGCAGUUGACGGCGGCAACGCUCGUGGGGCUGCAGAGUAUGCCGGGGCUAGUGGUCAUCUACGCAAGCAUAGUCAAGAAAAAAUGGGCUGUGAACUCAGCUUUCAUGGCUCUCUAUGCCUUUGCAGCAGUCCUAAUAUGUUGGGUACUUUUCGCAUACAGAAUGGCCUUUGGUGACGAGCUUCUUCCCUUUUGGGGAAAAGGGGCUCCAGCUCUAGGCCAAAAGUACCUAAUCUCUCGAGCCAAAAUCCCCGAAAGCAAUGUUCAACCCUUUUACCCAAUGGCUUCAUUAGUCUAUUUUCAAUUCACUUUCGCAGCCAUUACUUUAAUUUUAUUAGCUGGUUCUGUUCUUGGUAGAAUGAACAUCAAAGCUUGGAUGGCUUUUGUUCCUCUUUGGUUGGUUUUCUCUUAUACCGUUGGUGCUUUCAGUUUAUGGGGUGGUGGGUUUCUUUACCAUUGGGGUGUAAUUGAUUACUCAGGUGGCUAUGUCAUCCACCUCGCCUCAGGCAUCUCCGGUUUCACCGCAGCUUAUUGGGUUGGGCCGAGGCUGAAGAGUGAUAGGGAAAGGUUUCCGCCCAACAACGUGCUGCUGAUGUUGGUUGGUGCGGGGCUGUUGUGGAUGGGGUGGUCGGGGUUCAACGGCGGAGCGCCUUACGCGGCCAACAUAAGCGCUUCGGUGGCGGUGUUGAACACUAAUAUUUGUGCAGCCACCAGUCUUCUUGUGUGGACUACUCUUGAUGUUAUUUUUUUCGGGAAACCGUCGGUGAUCGGCGCCGUGCAGGGAAUGAUGACCGGACUUGCUUGUAUUACUCCCGGAGCAGGUUUGGUUCAGUCGUGGGCGGCUAUAGUGAUGGGAAUACUAUCAGGUAGUGUUCCAUGGGUGUCAAUGAUGGUGCUUCAUAAAAAGUCUACCCUAUUACAAAAGGUGGACGAUGCCUUGGCAGUGUUCCACACCCACGCGGUGGCGGGGCUACUAGGCGGUCUUCUGACCGGCCUAUUCGCCGAGCCAGAGCUCUGCCGGUUAAUACUACCGGUAUCAAGCUCCCGGGGUGCUUUCUACGGCGGAACCGGUGGAUUACAGUUCGUUAAACAAUUAGUAGCAGCCCUGUUUGUGAUAGGAUGGAACCUUGUUUCUACAACCCUCAUACUUCUAGCCAUAAGGGUAUUCAUACCACUAAGAAUGCCCGAUAAUGAGCUGAUGAUCGGAGACGAUGCGGUCCACGGAGAAGAAGCUUAUGCUCUAUGGGGUGACGGCGAAAAGUACGAUCCUACCAGACACAGUGGGUGGAAUAAUAACAAUGCCAUGUCGUCGUCGGCGGCGCCUUAUGGUGAGGAGUUGAUUGCUCCUUCUCCUUAUAUUAAUGGAGCCAGAGGUGUGACUAUUAAUCUGUGAGAUGAGAUUUUUGAAGAAAAGUUUCUUUGAGGCAUUUCGUCGAACAGUUUGUGUAGUUACCCAUUUUUUUUUAGUGUAAGUAGAGUUUUUGUUCUAAAUUUUUACGUCUUUGAAGUUCAGUUUCUUAAUUGUAAAUUUGUAAGAAAAUAGAACAGCAUUAAUGGAAAACUUACUUGGUUUUUUGGCUCA